UCGGAGUCCCCGCCCGCGGUGGGCGGGUGUGCGGUGGGGGAGCGGGUGCGAUGGCAGGGAGCCUGUCCGGGAUGAGUGAGGGCGGCGGGGUCCCGGUGCCGGUCCCGGUGGAGCAGGCGCUGCUCGAGACCUUCUUCUCACAGCUCGGCAUCUUGUCUCAUGACCGGGCCAAGGACUAUGUGGAGCGGGAGAAGGAGAGCAGUAAGAGCGCGGGGCCCAGCUGGGCGGCCCUGCUCUCAGCACUCGCUCAUCUGGCGGCCGCCGAGAAGGUUUAUCACUGCAUGAGCUUCCUGGGCCAGAAACUGGGUGGACAGUCGUUCUUCAGUCGGAAGGAUUCCAUCCGAACAAUCUACACUUCUCUCCACAAUGAGCUGCGCAAGUUGGCAGCCAUUGGGCGGAACACCUCGGGGGGAGCAGCCCCACACCUGGAAGAACUCCUUUCCCAUCUCUCUGAACAACUUUGCUUCUUCAUCCAAGCUCGCAUGGAAAUUGCCGACUUUUAUGAAAAGAUAUAUUCCCUGAGCACUCAGAAAUCCAUCAAUUCCGAGGAACUGGUGCGCUCCCUGGAAACUAUUUUGCAGAAAUACAGCUCAAGGUUCCAUCACCCUAUCCUCAGUCCUUUGGAGAGUACUUUUCAGCUGGAGGUGGACGUUCUGAGCCAGCUGCUGAAGGCUCAAGCUGAAAUCACUGAAUGGAAGUUCCUGCCCUCGUUACUUAACCUACACAACGCUCACUCCAAACUGCACACGUGGGGACAGACCUUUGAGAAACAGCGGGAAACCAGGAAGCACCUCUUCGGUGGCCAGACUCAGAAAGCCGUCCAGCCCCCACACCUCUUCCUCUGGCUCAUGAAGCUGAAAAACACCCUCCUGGCCAAAUUUAGCUUCUACUUCCAUGAGGCUCUGAGUCGGCAGACGACUCCAUCUGAAAUGAAGGCCUUGACAGCCAAAACCAAUCCAGACUACUGCGGGAAAAUAUCAAGCUUCAUUAGGAAGUACGAUGCUGAGAAUGUCUCUUUAAUCUUUGAUAACCGGGGGUCAGAGAGCUUCCAAGGACACGGCUACCACCAUCCACAUUCCUACAGGGAGGCUCCUAAAGGUGUGGAUCAAUACCCAGCUGUUGUUUCACUGCCCUCCGAACGCCCUCUAAUACACUGGCCCAAUGUCAUAAUGAUCAUGAGCGAUCGGGCUGGAGAGCUGAACACUUUAGACAAAGUAGUCCACUUUUAUGAUGACAAAGUACAGAGCACUUAUUUUCUGACAAGACCAGAGCCUCAAUUCACCCUGGUUGUCAUUUUUGAAUCCAGGAAAUCAGAGAAAGAUUCCCAUUUCAUUGCGUUCCUGAAUGAGCUCUCCAGCUCCUUGAAGAACUCCAAGCCAUUUGCCACCCUGAAACCUGGUUCGAAGGGCUAAUUAAAUAGCUCAGUCCUCGAUUGCACAGCUCUUUAGAAGAGGAUUGAGGAAAGCAAUAAUGUACUGGAACAGAAGCACAGCAAUUCUGAGAGGUUUGAACAGGUCAUUUUGCCAUCAGUCACUACUAGUAAAAUAUAACUCCUGUUCUUAGUGUUUUCUGAAUCUUUUAUGCCGCUUCAAUCACUGCCAAGAAUUCCAAAGUUAUACUACAAAUUUUCACUUUGCCUGCUGACAUGAAAGUCCUGUUUUUCCAAAAGCUGUUGCAGGCAUGUGAGAGGACGUAAAACAGCUGAACAUGUGAAAAGAAUGAGCUUUAGUUUUACAUCCUUGUGUGGAUUUUGUUUCAGAUUUACAACAAUUGUUUUUUGGAUUUGGUACAGUGAAUGAACUGUGUAGAAUUACGAUAAGACAAAAAAGAAGAGAUUGUAUGAAUGUGUAGAAGAGUCUUGUGUGAUGGUGCAGUAUGUUCAGACAUAGAAGCAUCCACGCUGAUCUCCUGACUUCAGUCCAGCUCUCAGGGAAGAGGGUCAGGGUGAAAAAAACAUCUGAUGCGAUGGAAACUCCACGACUUUCACACAUGUCUCGGGAGCUGGCUUCAGUGGGUGAGAUAUCUUGUAGCAAGGAAUGUCCAAAGCUGAGAAAUUGUAUUCAGGCAGGAGGGUAAAACAAUAGUGUACAUAAGAGAUAUGAAGAUAGUUCUGAGAAUAUACUGGAUUCCAGAACUCAAAAUAACGCUGCUGCUAACGCUGUUGCUUGGUUUACAGAGAAUUACUGUCCUGUCAAAGAAAAUUGAUAUCCUGUGAUCAGACAUUUAAAAGAAAUCUUGAUUUCCAACGCCUUAUAUUCUUUAAAGGAAAACUGGGAAAUUUGAAAGCUUAAUGUACUGUACCAGGAACUUUGAUGGUUUCCAGAUUUACUUUUGAGUUGACUGAAGAUUGUAAGAUUUGAGCUAUAAUAAACCAAUACUGACUAACUGCA